AUGGGUUUCGCCCGCGCAAUCAAGGAUAUUAGUCCGGAUCCGUUUGCAUUCGGGGCGGGCAACCCCUGGGCUCUCACCGUACUCACGGCCCUGCUUCGGGGAAUUCUGUUUGCACUCGUUCUUCUCCUUCAUGUCACGGCACCGAAUAUCAGUGUGGAGGCUACCGCAGAAGGGGUGUAUGAACCCGUCCAGCCAGGAAAGGAAAAGUCAGCAAGUCUGCUAUCACGUUGGAGCUUUUCCUGGGUGGGCACUGUUAUCUGGAAAGCGUUCAGGAGUCCUCUCGACGCCACCGAUCUCUAUGCCCUGAGCUGGGAUGACAAGGCCGCAGUCACAGCUUACCUGUUUCGCAUGGCCGCGCCGAUUACACGUACACUGCUUUGGAGAUUGUAUCACUUUGCCAAACAUGACCUACUUUACCAGGGCGCCUGGGCAAUUCUCUUCAGCCUGACGAGCUUCUGCCCGGCAAUUCUGCUUCGGAUUAUUCUUGGGUACCUGGAAUCGCCAGAAACCAUGUCUCGAAACAACGCCUGGCUUUGCGUUGGGGGGCUCUUAGUUGCCGGAAUCAUCACAGGUAUCGCGGACUGCCAGUGUGAGUGGCUGGGUCGCAAAAUCAGCGUGAGGCUGCGGGCGAUUCUGAUCAACGAGAUAUUUACAAAAAUGUUGAGGAGAAGGGUGACGAGGCCUGCAAGGGUAUCAGAAGAGCAGGAGGACUUCCCUCAAGAGAGUCAUGCUACGGACGGGAAUGUUCUCAACCUGAUGGCUGUAGACGCUGCCAGCAUCAGCGAAGUUGGCGCGCACAUGCAUCUCGCCUGGGUCAAUUUCCCCCUCCAGCUUACAAUUGCAUCCGCGGUGCUGUAUAGCAUCCUCGGGAUGAGCGGCAUCCUGGGCGUCGUUCUGAUGAUUGCCCUCUUACCGCUGAAUGUCGUGGUAUCGAAACGCCAGGUGGCAGCUCAGAUGAAGGUGCUAAGCGCAGCCGAUGCCCGUGUUCAAGCGAGUAAUGAACUCAUCACUAAUAUUCGCAUCAUCAAACUCUGUGCAUGGGAAGCGGAAUUCCGGAAGAAAGUGCGUCGCCUGCGGAAAACAGAGCUCUCGGAACUACGUGGUCGUUUCUUCUGGUGGUCGAUAGCCAUGACGAUCUUCUACUCCCUUCCUUUCAUCACGACACUGUUGACCCUGUUCCUAUACACGGUUGUCGAAAACAACAGAUUAGAGACCAAGAUUGCCUUCCCUGCCUUGGCGAUUUUUGCAGUUCUACGUAUCCCGUUGGAUAGGAUGUCAUCCAUGAUAUCGUUCCUUCUCCAAGCUCACGUCUCUGUCGGUCGCGUUGAGAGGUUCCUGAGGGAGAGAGAGACCAGUCGAUAUGAUCAGUUGGCGGGAACCGAAGACCUUCCGGUCGGCUUCGAGAACGCUACCUUGGAAUGGCCUGCCACAGGGGAAGGGAAUAUUGAUGCUAGAGGAGACAUUGAAUUGGCCGAAGUGCCCCCCACACCAGCAUUUCGGCUAUCCAAUCUUCAAAUCCACUUUUGCAGGAAUGGUCUCAAUGUCAUCUGCGGUCCUAGCGGAUCCGGUAAGUCGUCACUGUUGUUGGCACUGCUAGGAGAGAUGGAGCUCCUGCGAGGCCGGGUACACCUACCCCUGGGACGACAGACAAUAGGUGAGAUUCCAUUUUCAAGCAAUGCCGAUGAUUCUGUAGCCAGCGAUAUGGCAUACUGUCCACAGGAGCCGUGGAUAAUAAACCAGACCGUUCGAGCCAAUAUCUUGUUCGGGCUGCCUUUCCAAAGUCACCGCUACAAGAUGGUUCUUGAUGCGGUGGCCCUGAGCCGAGAUCUUGCAGAGCUUGAGAACGGUGAUCUUGUUAUCGCGGGGGAGCGCGGCAAUCGCCUGUCUGGUGGCCAAAAACAGAGAGUUGCAUUGGCAAGGGCAUUGUACAGUCAUGCCCAGUUCCUCAUCCUGGACGAUUGCCUCAGCGCACUGGACUCGCGCACGGGAAGGCAUAUUUUUUUCCGGGCGAUCAAAGGUCCGUUAAUGGAGGGCAGAACAUGUAUUCUAGCCACUCAUCACACUCGGCUUGUUCUCCCUCAUUGCGACUACGCAGUUCUUCUGGAGAAUGGGCGGGUAAACGGGCAGGGUACAGCUGCAGAGCUUGUAGCCGCGGGUCUCAUGGGGGCAGACAAACUGGAGACCGAAGCACAAGACCUAUCCAGGAAGAUCGACUUUAUAUAUCAGCCACAAGUGACUACCGCUGCUGCGCCUGAGUCGAAAAUCCCAAUGCCGGAUACAUCAGAUAUCGGGAUCGGAGGUGACAAUGAAGCCUCAGAAUUCGAGGCUGAGCCGGGAUACCAAGAAGACAAAUCGACUGGAGCAGUCCCCUGGUCUGUGAUCAAGGUCUACCUCACAUCCAUGGGGUCCUUGUGGUUCUGGACAGCUGUAAUCUUGGCUUUUGCUCUUCAACAGCUCACUUCUCUAGGAACGAACCUCUGGAUCGAGACAUGGGCGCGUGUGUUUGACAAUUUAGUGAAAGCGUCAGCAGCACCCGAAGAAAAGCCCGACACGGUCAAUUCGGGUUACUACCUGGCAGUAUACGGCCUUAUCUGUCUGGCAUACAUUCUCACCUCAUUUGCUCGUGAUCUGGCGGCAUUCUCUGGCGCACUCAGAGCCUCGGCCCGGAUGUUCGACAACCUGCUGGACUCCAUUCUUCAUGCCGGUCUCAUAUUCUUCGACAAGGUUCCAUUUGGACAGAUCACGAAUCGUUUCUCCAGAGACGUGGAGGCAAUUGACCAAGAGGUUGCUCCUCACUCUAUGAGCACGUUCUAUACAUUCUGCUCUCUUGCUACAGUCAUUAUUUUGAUCUCGGCUAUGAUACCCGUGUUCCUUCCAGUAGCAGCCAUCAUCUGCUUCGCCUAUUAUAUUAUCACCGUCGUAUAUAUCAACAGUGCACGGGACCUGAAAAGGAUCGAGUCGGUUCAAAGGUCUCCACUGUACCAGCACUUCGGAGAGGCACUUACCGGGUAUGUCAGCAUACGUGCUUACGGGCACGUCGGGCGAUUCACUGAAGAGAACCACGGCUUGAUCGACGGCUUCAAUCAGCCGUAUGUCCUGCUCUGGGCGGCCAAGGAAUGGUUGACCUUGCGCAUCGCCUGUCUGAGCGCGCUCAUCUCUUGGCUGACGGGUACCUUCUUCCUCUGGGGUCUGGACAGGGGGACCGUCAACCCGGGGAUUGCCGGCCUUGUCCUCACAUACGCUGCCACCUUUACCGACAAUGUGCUCUGGUUUGUCCAGUUAUAUGCCAUAGUUCAGCAGAGCUUUAACUCGGUCGAACGUGUUGUCGAGUACACGGAGAUCGCGCCCGAGCCGAGCGAAUCACUUGAGCCACCCCCAUACGACCUGUCGCCCCAGUGGCCUGCGCGUGGCUCCGUGUGUUUUCGAGGAUAUACCACCCGAUACGCUCCGGAGCUCGACCCCGUCCUGAUUGACCUCGAUUUCGUUAUCCCCGCCGGUCAACGGGUGGCCGUGGUCGGACGCACCGGGGCGGGCAAGAGCACAUUGGCGCUAGCCCUCAUUCGAGCUCUGGAAGCAGCCGCGGGGCAUAUCACCAUUGACGGUGUCAGCAUCGCCUCAGUAACCCUGGAUCGACUGCGACAGGCCGUGACCGUGGUGCCCCAAGACCCGACCCUUUUUCAUGGCAGCUUGCGAGACAAUCUGGAUCCGCUCCACCAUCACCCCGACACCGAUCUGUACCGUAUCCUGCGCGAACUGCAGUUCUUCCGAUCCCUUCCAUCCGGCAGCCUAGACUAUUCCGCUGUGGCCUUAUCCCUGGGCCAGCGUCAGCUGGUAUGUAUCGCGCGGGCACUCCUCCGUCGCUCCCGGGUGCUCGUCCUGGAUGAAGCCACGGCAUCCAUCGAUCAUGCCACAGAUGCCUUGAUCCAGGCGGGACUGCGAUCCAGCAUUGCGACGGGGACCACAGUCCUGACCAUCGCUCACCGUCUCCUGUCCAUUGCGGAUUAUGACCGCGUCGUCGUCCUGGAUGCCGGUCGAGUCGUGGAGCAGGGGUCCGUCGCCGAGCUUCUCUGCCACCGAGGCGACGGCGCCUUCUUUCGCCAGCUGUGUGAGCAAUCGGGUGACCUCGCCCAUAUUGAGCGGGCAGCGCAGGGUCACCACAUCGAGAGCUAG